AUGGUAGUGAUUGGGAUGACCAUUGAUGCUGAAUGUUCACUCCAUAUGCUCAAAUUUCCAAUUGAUUCUCACCCUUGCCCUCUGUCUUUUUGUAGCUUUUCCUGUCCUGAGAAUGAGAUGAUGUACAAGUGGAAAAAUUUCGAGCUUGAAAUCAAUGAGAGUAAUUCCUAGAAGCUCUUCCAGUUUGAUUUUACAGGAGUAAGCAAUGAGACUAAAACUAUCUCAACCAUAGCUUGGUAUGUUUUACGUCUCCCAGGUGGUUUUAUGGUCAUCACGCUUUUCUUCAAUGUGAGCAGGCAGUUUGGCUUUAAUGCCUUUCAAAACUAUGUCUCUUCUUCUGUGACCACAAUCAUGUCCUGGAUUUCCUUUUGGAUCAAGAAAGACUCUGCUCCAGCCAGGACCUCUUUAGGAAUCACCUCUGUACUCACCAUGACCACACUGGGUUCCCACUCCUGGAAGAAUUUUCCACGUGUCUCCUAUAUUGCAGCCUUGGACUUCUAUAUAACCAUUUGUUUCCUCUUCUGCUUCUGUGUUCUUGUGGAGUUUGCUGUGCUUAAUCUCCUGGUCUACAACCACACGAAACCCCAGGCUUCUCUGAGACUUUGUCAUCCUCAUAUCCACCAUGCCCGUGUCCUUACCCCUCCCCAUGCCCAUGCCUACCAACAGCAGCAGGAUGCUUUUGUAUGUGAGUUUGAGGACUCUAAGGAGGAGAGUGAUGAGGAGGAGGGCCCAUAUUAUCCAACUCAGCAGUCCCUCCACUCAAGUCUCACCCAGUGCUGUGGCAGCUGCUGCAGGUUCUGCAAGUACCUGUGUGUGGUCCGUAGUUGUGAGGGCAGUAUGUGGCAGCAGGGCUGCAUUUUCAUCCACAUCUACUGUCUGGAUAACUACUCACGAGUUUUCCCAGUGACCUUUUUCUCCUUCAAUGUGCUCUACUGGCUUGUUUGCCUUAACUUGUAG